CGCCACCAAUAGUGUUCCCGGAAAGGCGAGGGACGACCGGCGGCGAUGGAGUUGGCGAUGCAGCAGGACCCUUCUCAGCUUCAAAAUCAACAGCAGCAAUCCGGAGCGCAGUCUCAACCGCCAGUAGUGGUGGCGGAGAGGCUGAAUUCUGCGGUGCAGCAGCAGCUGAAUUUGGAGUCGGUCAAGAUCCGAGCUAUCAGUCUCUACAAAGCCAUCUCUCGCAUCCUCGAAGACUUUGACGCCUACGCUCGCACCAACACCACUCCUAAAUGGCAAGAUAUUUUGGGCCAAUAUUCAAUGGUGAACCUUGAACUUUUCAACAUUGUGGACGAGAUUAAGAAGGUCUCCAAGGCUUUUGUUGUACAUCCGAAGAAUGUUAAUGCAGAAAAUGCUACAAUACUACCUGUUAUGUUGUCCUCAAAAUUACUACCAGAGAUGGAAAUGGAGGAUAAUGUAAAGAGAGAGCAGUUGCUUCAGGGAAUGCAGAACCUGGAAGUAUCUGCACAGAUUGAGAAGUUAAAGACUAGAAUAGAUAUGAUUGCUGCAGCUUGCGAAAGUGCUGAAAAAGUCUUAGCUGAUACUCGCAAAGCCUAUCAAUUUGGUACACGUCAAGGUCCAACAAUCAUUCCGACAUUAGACAAGGGGCAGGCUGCAAAAAUUCAUGAACAGGAGAACCUUCUUAGAGCUGCUGUAAAUUCUGGUGAAGGCCUAAGAAUACCUGUAGACCAGAGGCAGAUUACAUCAACACUUCCAGUUCAUCUGGCUGAUAUGCUUCCUGUUAAUGAUAGUGUCGGCGUACAUGGUUUUCCUGAUUCUGGUGGAAUGUAUAUGAAAAGUACUCCUCCUAUGUCAUCCAAUAACAUCGGCAAUCAGGGGCCUUUGCUACAGCAUGCUUCCGGUACCCCACUUAUGGCAAGAUCAGCUGCAUCUCCCUCCACUGCUACAAGUGCUACAUCCUUUGAUAACACAACGACUUCCCCUCUGCCAUAUUCUAACUCCCCCAGGUCUGGUACAAACAUGAUGAAUACUCCUUCUCCUCAACAACAAAGUCAACAGCAGCUUCAGCAACAACAGUUGCAGCAGCAAAGACAAAAGAUAAUGCAGUUACCUCAGCAUCAACAGCAACUCAUUGCCCAGCAAUUGAGGCAUUCUUCUAUGCAGGGCCUCGGGCAGAUGCAAUUUUCUCAGCCAAUGGGGCACCAGCAAUUCCAGAGCAGGCAGCUGGCUGCUGGUCAUGUUCAGCAUGGAAUGGGUCAGAGCCAACUUGGUCAAGGGAAUCAGUUAAAUCGUCAUAUGACUCAGUUUGCUGGCACUGCUAAUACUGCAUUGUUCAAUGCUGCUCAAGGAGCACCGAGUACCCAGAUGGUAAGGAUAUGCUAUUAUUCCAAAUAUAUCAGCUACAAUGUCAUCGCAGCCGCUUAUGCCACGUAUGCAGGUAAGCUACCAAUUGAUUCCUUUCAUCCACCUGCUUUGCAGUUUGGACUUGCUGGCACUAAUGCUCAGAGGCAUGCAUCUCAAAUUCUGAAUGAUCAAAUGUACAAUAUGGGUGUUUCAAAUCCCGGUAGCAUGAUGCCCAUACAGCCACAGCAGCAGCAGCAACAGCAACAGCAGCAGCAGCAGCAGCAGCAGCAACAACAACAGCAACAGCUUGGUUCACAAGGAGCUUUCGGUAAUAUGGCACCUACUGCUCAGAAUUUACAGCCUAAUAUGGUAGGUCUUCAAAAUGCCACUCAGAAUCACUCCAAUUUCACCCAACGACAGCAAAAUCAGCAGCAGUAG